CACCCCCCCCUUUUUUUCAAGUGUCUCGCCCUUCACACGAGACCUUCUCCCCCCUCCUUCUUUCACCUAUCGUCAUCAUGAGCGCCAAGCUUAACAAGCUCCAGAGUGCCACCCGCACUGGUGGUAAGGGCACCCCCCGCCGUGCCGUCCGCACCACCAAGUCCGUUGCCAUUGUCAACAACGAGAAGAAGGUUGCCCCCACCCUCCGCAAGGUCGGUCUCCAGGCCUACCAGAUGGACAACGUCUCCGUUGCCCUGUCCACCGGCAAGGUCAUGGUCUUCAAGAGCCCCCGUGUCCAGGCCAACUUCCCCGCUGGUGUCUUCGUUGUCUUCGGCCGCCCGACCGUCAGCAACGCCGCCGACCUGAUCGACAUCCGCUCUCUCCUCGACAACCUCAAGCUUGGUGGUGGUAUGGGUGCCCCCGCUCCCACCUUCGCCGGUGCCGAGGAUGAGGACAUCCCCGAGCUCGUCGACACCAACUUCGAGGAGGUCGCCGAGGAGGCCGAGUAAAGUUCCCUCUCUCUUCUCCUUCAGGCUCUCCGUGCCGCGCCCCUCAAUGAACCCCAUCUAUCUUUGCACACACCUUAUACAUUCUCCAUCCCCCCUCCCCCCCCACAUAUAUAUCCCUUGUUCCCUA